AAAUGUUGAAGGAGCUAGUUAUAAGAGCUUUCUCGCAAUUCCUUUCUUGUGCUCCAGAUGGGUGCGUAGAUUAAGCUUGUGAUCACCUGUAGGUGUAAGAUAGUAUAGAGCACCACUGAUAUGCUUGGUGUACUGUGUGUGCGCCCCAAGCCUUGGAUCUUCAAUCUCCUCCACGGCUCGGCGGCGCCUCACCACUGUCGGCUCUCUCAAAGCCCGAUUCAUUUCCUCGAUUCCACCAGCAACCGGUUGCGUCGUCACUCCAGCGCUGCCUGUCAUCUCGACGGCUCUGUUGGCGGUGGCGCUGCGGCUAUAUGGCACGUGAUCCUUCCUUCCUCGACUCGCCGGCGAGGGAGCGAACUCAGGCGGCCGGUGGAGCAGAGAGGGGAGGGGUCGUGGAAUGUCGCGUGGGAUGCUCGCCCUGCGCGGUGGCUUCAUUGGCCGGAUUCUGCUUGGCUGAUGUUUGGAGUCUGCCCCUGCCUUGCGCCGUUCGAUUUGAUCGAUGAGGACGCGGAGACCAGUGGCGUUGUGGAGGAGAAGAUUGACGGUUGCGAAUUGAUUGAGAGAACAACAACAGAGGAAACUGUGAGGUGUUCUGAUGAGAAAAAUGACAAGUCUGCUGAUUACAAAGUCACAGGGGUGAUGGCAGAUGGGCGGUGCCUAUUUAGAGCAAUUGCUCAUGGGGCAUGCUUGAGAAGUGGCGAGCAAGCACCUGAUGAGAAUCGACAAACAGAACUCGCCGAUGAGUUAAGAGCCCAAGUUGUGGAUGAGCUCUUAAAGAGGCGGGAAGAAUCGGAAUGGUUCAUCGAAGAAGACUUUGAUACGUACGUGAAGAGAAUUCAGCAGCCUUAUGUAUGGGGUGGAGAACCUGAGUUGCUGAUGGCCUCUCAUGUUUUGAAGACACUGAUAUCAGUCUACAUGAAAGAUAGAACCUCAGGUAAUUUGGUGAUCAUAGCAAAUUACGGUGAAGAAUAUCGAAAGGACAAUGAGAGCCCCAUUAAUGUGCUUUUUCAUGGAUAUGGUCACUAUGACAUAGUUGAGACUUGCUUGGACAAAAUGUUGCCAAACAGUUAUCCUGUAGAAGUUGGGUGUUGUUAAUUGGUGUACUACUAGCCAUAGAUCAAGGGAGUCGGAAUAAGACAUAUUGCACAUAAACAAUAAUGCCUUGGAACUGCUACAGCAAGCUUGAGCAGUAGGUUUGUUAAAUUUUUGUAGGUGCUAAGACCUCGGUUUCAAUUUCUUAACAUUUCAGCCAUACAAGCUAAUAAUUGAUCUACUGGGUGUUCCGGAUGGUUAAUUCUUUCAUUAAAUAAGUAGUGUGAUAUUUUUCUUUA